CAAUCCGCCAUGUCCCGCUUCCUCUCGGAGCCGUCGACGGCCAAGGCGUCGCAUGCGACGACCGCGCCCAAGCUCAACCUCUCGAUCGGCUACAGCAGCAUGCAGGGCUGGCGAGACUCGAUGGAGGACGCGGACCUCGUCGAGGUCGAGAUCCCUGGCAGCGUCAAUGGCGCGUGCUUUGCCAUUUUUGACGGCCAUGGCGGCGACCUCGUGGCCAAGAUCGUGGCCAAGGACAUUCUCCAGAACAUUGCGGCCACGGACGAGUACAAGCAGUUCGAUGGCACGGAGCCGCGCAAGAUGGUCACGGCGCUCUCCAAGGGCUUCCUCAACACGGACGAGAUGCUGCGCACGAACGAGCUCACGGCGACGACGUCGGACGAGGUCGGCGCCACCGGCCUCCUCAUCAUGGUCACGGAGAAGCACAUCUUCUCGGCUAACAUUGGCGACUCGCGCUGCAUUCUGAGCAAGAGCCAGAACCAGACGCCGAUCCAGAUGUCGCUCGACCACAAGCCCGACCACGAGACCGAGAAGCUCCGCAUCGUUGCGGCCGGUGGGACCGUCUUCCGGGGUCGCGUCUGCGGCGGUGUCGCCGUCUCGCGCAGCUUUGGCGACUUUUGGUUCAAGCGCAACGAAGAAGGCAAGCCCGAGAAGAAGCCGUGGGAGCACCUCGUGAUCGCCGAGCCGUGCGUCAACGUGCAGCCGCGCGACCACGUCAAGGACGAGUUCCUCGUGCUCUGCUGCGACGGUAUCUACGACGUCAUGUCCAACGAACAAGUCCAGCGCUUUGUCCGCGACCGCCUCAAGUCGGGCAAGUCGCCCAAGGACGUCGCCGAGCUCCUCAUGGACGAGUGCUUGAACAAGGGCAGUCGCGACAACAUGAGCGUCAUCAUCGUGCUCUUCAACGCCAAGAAGAAGUAGACCACCUUGUCGCUACUAGGGUCGUUGCCCAACGCGGCGGACCCUAACCCAACGCGUGUAUAUAUCUACGUUCUUUCGA